AUGCCAGCUAAAAGAAAGACCAAACGGGGAGCGCGUGCCACCAAAGCAUCUCGAGUACCCAAGUCAGGAGGAUGGACACUUCCUCAUGGUCUUGCGCUUCCAGAACAAGCGCCAGCGCAACUUCAGAAUGUCGAGAACACCCACGAAGAGCCAGCACAGAAGCAAUUGAACUUCCAAACCACCAAAGCCCUGACUCAGCCCGACAAAGCCAAGACCAGUACCGACCAUGAGACCGCACAUGCAAUAGAAAAGGAGGGUAUCACGAUAGCCAGUGAGGUGCCUAACGAAGACCUGUCAAAACCCUCUGAUACGGAAGAGACAAAAGACAGUUACUACAUUGCCACAAGGAUUUAUGAUGGUGAAGAGGUGGAGCGCAUACGGAUGAAAACUUCGGUCAAGGAUCGGACUCCAUAUGAGAAGAAAGUACUUGUUCCUUACAAGACAACUCCAUUCCCAAAAUUCCAGGGCCCAUCCGCGGAGGACUGCGCAAAGGUUCACUCGCUUCUUGUCAAGGAGCAUGGACCCUGUCCACAGCCCGCAGAGAUUCCGCCUCCAAGCCUGAAGGUUGCAGGAUGUGGACAGGUCAGGCAGGUCUGUGAUGCGCUUCUACGCACAGUCCUUAGCACAAACACCCAAUUCGACAACGCGGACAAGGCAGUCCAGGGCCUUCACCAGGUUAUCGGAACUGUCACUGACAACCUGCAAUUGGACUCAGAGGAAUUCCCAGGACUGAAGGAUUGCUUAGACUACAGCCGUAUCCGUUCUCUCCCUCUCAAGGCAGUACAACAGGCAAUCGAGAAAGGUGGCAACCACAUUGAGAAGGGCAUCAAUAUCAAAGCCACAGUAGAUCAGAUCUACAAUAUUAAUGCUGAACGUGCGAAGUCAUUCCGGGAGGAGACAGCGGAGAACCCAGCCACAGUUGUUGCGGCAGACAUGCUCUCUGAACAGCAGAAGCAACAGGAGAUCUGGAUGUUUGACAAAGGCAUCCUUCAUCUGGAAUACCUGCGUGCUCUGCCAGAGAAGGAUGCAAUGAACGAGCUGAUGGCAUUCCGAGGUGUUGGAGUCAAGGUGGCGGCAUGCAUCCUUCUAUUCUGCAUGCAGAAGCCUGUCUUUGCAAUCGACACACACUGCUUCCGGAUGGCGAAGUGGCUGGGCUGGGUUCCGAGGGGCUUGAAGAAAGGUGGCGAGGAUGAGGCCUUUGCGCACUUAGAUGCCACGGUUCCCGACAACCUCAAGUACGACUUACACCAACAGUUCAUUCGACAUGGUCAAUUCUGUUUGAAAUGCAAGACGAACAGCAACGAAGGGUGGGCUGACUGGGAGAAUACUGUCUGUCCUCUUGAGGAUGUUCUUCAGAGGACAGGAAAAGAGAAGCCACUGCCGAAGCUAAAGACCGAGAAGUCAGCAAAAGAAGUGGACGAUGAACCAGAGGAAGAAGUAGAGGUGUUGAAGGCGACUCUUCCCAAGAAGCGUGGUAGACAACCGAAGGAGGAGGACAGCGACUUCGAGGAGCCACCCAAGCGAGUUCGCAAGCAAAAUAAGGCCGUUACGGAGCUGAGGCAUUCACAGCGUCCAACUCGUUCAACUCGCAGCGGCACAAAGGCAACUAAGAAGAACGUUCCUGCGGAGGGAAUAAAGGAUGAAGCAGUGCAUGGACUAGCAGAGGUUGACGUCGCAGAGGCCAUGUUGAAUCCAGUCAUGCACCAGGAAAUGAUGUCAAAGACAGAAGCUGACGAGGAUUCCUCUGAACUUUCCGAGCACAGCGACAACGAGUUCACUGAACUCAACUGA